UACCCCAUAGGGAAUCAAAUUAAAUUGUCAUUUGUGUUGGUGAGAGAAGAAAGUGAAAUAACACUCCUAUUUAGUUUUUGAUGGAGCCACAACAGUGACAUUAGUUUGUUGUUGACUCUAAGCGUUGGGUUGUGAAUAGAGACAUGAAGGAGACACAUACAGACUUCUUAGGUUGAUUUAGGUUGUCUUCAAGUACCUCCAGUGUCAAACAAAUAUUGAUGAUUGAUCUCUCUUCCCAUAAUUUAUUGUUAUGCAUAACAUAUCACGGUAAACGGACGUUCAAGUCAACACCGCAUUUAUUUCUUUUAUGUUUUUGUUAGUCUCUCUGCCCUCUUCAUUGUUUCACGUAAUCAAGGACCAAGGGAUUUUAUUCUUUGGCUGCCAUGGCCACAAGAUGCUUUUGGAUUUGGACCACUUUGCUUUUCUGCUCUCAGCUGCUUACCGGCUGCGCCCGAGCUUCCUCUGCGGGCGCUGGCAAAGAGAAAGGACUCUCCCAAACUCCCACCUGGGCCGUUGCCCUCGUCUGUACCUUCUUCAUCCUUGUCUCCGUCCUCCUCGAGAAGGCUCUUCACAGAGUUGCCACGUGGUUGUGGGAGAAACAUAAGAACUCUCUGCUUGAAGCCUUGGAAAAAAUAAAGGCCGAGCUGAUGAUUCUAGGAUUCAUUUCAUUGUUGCUCACCUUCGGAGAGCAGUACAUUCUCAAGAUUUGUAUUCCUGAAAAGGCUGCAGCCUCUAUGUUACCUUGUCCAGCUCCUUCUACUCAUGACCAAGACAAGACCCACCGCAGACGUCUAGCUGCUGCUACUACCUCUUCCCGCUGCGAUGAGGGUCAUGAAGCACUCAUACCUGCCACGGGUUUGCACCAGCUACACAUUCUAUUGUUCUUCAUGGCUGCCUUUCAUAUCCUCUACAGUUUCAUCACCAUGAUGCUUGGCAGACUCAAGAUCCGUGGCUGGAAAAAGUGGGAGCAGGAGACAUGUUCUCAUGAUUACGAGUUUUCAAUCGAUCCAUCAAGAUUCAGGCUCACUCAUGAGACAUCCUUCGUCAGACAACAUUCCAGUUUCUGGACAAAAAUCCCCUUCUUCUUUUAUGCUGGCUGCUUCCUACAGCAGUUUUUCCGAUCUGUCGGGAGGACCGACUACUUAACUCUGCGCCAUGGCUUCAUCGAUGCCCAUUUAGCUCCGGGAAGAAAGUUCGACUUCCAGAAAUAUAUCAAAAGAUCAUUGGAAGACGAUUUCAAGGUGGUAGUUGGAAUAAGUCCUCUUCUGUGGGCAUCAUUUGUAAUUUUCCUACUUCUGAAUGUUAAUGGCUGGGAAACAUUGUUUUGGGCGUCAAUCCUGCCUGUACUUAUUAUUUUAGCUGUCAGUACGAAGCUUCAAGCUAUCCUAACAAGAAUGGCUCUUGGAAUCACGGAGAGACACGCAGUUGUUCAAGGGAUACCUCUUGUGCAUGGUUCAGAUAAGUACUUUUGGUUUAAUCGCCCUCAGUUGCUGCUUCAUCUUCUUCACUUCGCCUUAUUUCAGAAUGCUUUCCAGCUAACAUACUUCUUCUGGGUCUGGUAUUCUUUUGGGCUAAAAUCUUGUUUUCAUACGGAUUUCAAACUUGUCAUCGUAAAACUAUCUCUAGGCGUUGGAGCUUUGAUUUUGUGCAGCUACAUCACACUUCCUUUGUAUGCACUAGUUACCCAGAUGGGUUCACACAUGAAGAAAGCUGUGUUUGAUGAGCAAAUGGCAAAAGCGUUGAAGAAAUGGCACAUGACUGCAAAGAAGAAGAAAGGCAAAGCGAGAAAGCCAUCAACAGAGACCCUUGGUGGUUCUGACAGUGUCAGCACCUCUACCUCAGCCUUUCAUGCCUCUGGAGCCACUCUACUACGCUCCAAGACCACCGGUCACUCGACAGCCUCUUACAUGAGUAACUUUGAGGACCAAAGUAUGUCUGAUCUUGAGGCUGAGCGAUUAACUCCUGUGCCAAUAGAGGGGCACACUAUCGUCAGGGAUGGUGAUCAGCCCACAGAGAUGGAAUAUACUGGAGUUAUGAGUCCUGGAAACCAAUUCUCCUUUGUGAAGCCUGUUCCUGCUAAUGAUAUUGAUUAGUGUUCAAAAUGAAUGCAGAACAAAUCCAUCAUCUGGGUCUUUGUUUUCUAUAACCUGUAUGCCAAUAAUUGCUUUGCUAAGUGUUACCAAC